AUGCAGCCUGUCACGCAAGACAACUGGUGUGGAAACGACCUGAUUGAUAUUUUCCCUGAUGUCAGCAUGACCGAUUUUAUGUUUCUGGAAGAUACGUUACUGCCGGACUUCAACUACCUUCCAGUUGAGGUCUCUCCGCCGCAGUUCUUGGAAGAGGCACCAAGCGAAUCGUCGCAAAUGGCGUCUAGCUCCGUGAUUUUAUCCACCAAGUCUCGCCAUAUGACUCCAUCUCCCGUGGCAGUCGACAUCAUCCAAGAAGCUGGUAACAGUCAGGACGGGCACCGAGGCAUUCGCAUCACCCAGGAAGAUGUGGACAGCUUCCACCAAGCUGUCAAGAAAAGCGACCAGUUCAAGCUUCUCACCGACUUUCAAUUGCCCAGUAGAUCUCGAAUCUCAAGAUUUCUCAACGCGUACUUCGAGUACUUCGAUCCCCAUGCCCCAAUCGUUCACCACCCGACUUUCCGAAUUCACUCCUCUCCACCAGCUCUCACACUCGCGAUGAUAGCCAUCGGAGGCAUUCAUCUGUCUGAACACAAAGUAGCUAAGGACGCGCACAAGGCGGCUUGCGACCUGAUUGCUCAGUUUGAGAUCGUACAUCUGCGGGAGCUGUCUGACGACUUGAACCUGUGGGCUAUUCAAGCCACCUUGCUCUGCAUUCAGUUUGGCGCCUUUACUCAUGAAAGCAGUCAUCACAGCCGCUCCCAACGCCAGUUUUCGUUGGUCAUGGCCCUGCUGAGAAACGGACUGCACUGCUGCGAGAAGUACCGAGCGACCGCCGAUACAAAUUGGGCGAAUUGGAUCGUUCUAGAAACAUUUAGUCGACUGGCCAGCUGGAUGUGCAUUCUCAAUGGGGUGAUUCUAGCAUUUGACCCGUACGCAAUUUGUGUUCCUACGCAUCAGGAGUGCGAUCUGCCCCUUCCCUGCUACGACAAGAUUUGGCGCGCCAAGUCAUCCUCGGAGUGGUCUCACCAGCGGGCCCUAUAUCCUUCGUCACAAAUUGGCCUCUGGACAGCAGCUCGAACGCUUUUCACUAGUCAGGCUCUGCCUACAUCCGUGGGCUCUUUCGCGUUGUUGGCAUUGAUAGGCUCGACGUUCGCAUAUAUUUGUUCAAAUGAGCGAUUGUCUUUGGGGAUAAAGGAGCCGGAUCUCAAUUUCAUUGCUAGAAUGGAGAAGAGUCUAUCUAUUUGGGAAGCUUUAUGGAGACAACACCCGCACGCUGAACACGUGCCCACCAAGCGCGGUGAUUCUCUGAUGGUGGAUUGUCUGGCAUUUCUUGGGUCUUCAUACUACCAUCUCUAUGUCGGCAAGGAACUCUUGGCGCUGAAGAUGAUGGCAACCCACUCCGAGGCCAAGGCAACCGUCCUGCCGACCGUGUUACAUCUUGAGCUGGCAUCGAAAGCGGUAAGAUACGCUGCAAGCUCAUUGCUGGUACGGGCAAAGCUGGGAAUUGCCCAUUUGCGGCGUACAGCAGCUUUAGAAUACGGCGGACACGCCCUUGUGACAGCGUACGAAGGAGCAUUGAUCCUGUCUUGGUGGCUAGCCAUCACCUCCCAGCCUGCCCAGCAAGUCCAUGGCCUAACCAUCCGGCAGGAAAGUAAUCACCUACUGAAGGACUUGCUUAAAGAAGUUUUUGGCGAAGUUGAAGAUCAGGGUAUCCCGUGUCGCUCCGAAGGGUCUGAACGGGCGGUCAUGCCAAUUUCAUUCUACUCCAUGUUGAUGCAACCCUGGGUGUGGACAUAUUCGAGCAUUCUCGAUCAGCGUCUGAGGUCGUUCGGCGAAAUCAUUCGCCAGAUAACCCAACCCGCAGGGAGACCGACGCAACAAAUCGAGAUAAGCUAG